AUGGCCCGGGCCUUCCUUUUGAGCGACGAGCUGCGGAUCUGGGCCGGGGAGCACAUGAAGUCCAUCUCGCUUUCCAUCUGUCAGGUAGCUCCUCAGAAGGAUUCGUGGUCUUGUGGCCACAGGGUCAUCGCGAGUGCAGAUCUAGUGCUCCAGCAUCUCGCUGCAUCCGGUAGCCUGCCAAAGUCACUGCAAGGCCCCUCCUCGGAAGACAUCGCACAGUUCAUGGCGCCUGCCUCGUCUGCAUCAGCAUCAGCAGCAGCAGCACCUGCUGCGGCUGGGAAAGCUGCGAAAGGCACAGAGUCUGGGCCAGCAGGAGCUUCCGACUCGGAGUCCAGGAUCUUGUCCACCCUGGCAUCAUCUGGCGAGGCUGAGAUAGCACCGAGCACGCCGAAGCGGCAGAAGGUCCACUCAGGAAAGGAGCCAAUAUCCCCUCCACCUGUGAGUCCUGCAGUCUCUCGUGUGCCUCGCCGAGGGAAAGCGGAGCGCCGUGCCAGAAGCAAAGCAGGGAAGGAGCAGGAGCCAGCACCGAAGAAGAUGAAAGCCAGUGAGUGUCCUGUGAGCCAUCCUGUCUUCCAGAAGAAGCACUGCCUGGCGGACAUGCCUGCUGUGGGGGGUCACUGGGGCAUCUUCUUGCAGGCCUGCGCAGACCCUUCCAUGAUCAUAGCUUGCCCUGUCUGCUGCGACCUGCUCAAAGAAGUGCGGCCAGAGACUGGCAGUGCCGGCGGAGCAAGCGACGCUGGGAUGGGUGGGAACCAGGUUGUGCCGGCUGCCGAUGCUGCUGAAGAGAGGGAGGAUGCAGACUCCAGCUCGGGUGAGCCGGAGGGGAAACGGAGAGCCGGACGGCGUCGCAAGGGCGAAGUGCCCUCCUGGUGCCUUCAGUGCCUUCAUGCUUGGGUAAAGGCUCGGCGGCAGGAUGUGUAUGUGCAGACCGACCGGAGCUAUCAGAAGUCUGCCACGUACUACUGCAGACCCUGUGGCAAAGAGAUCCAGUUUCAAACUGCCACAUGCAAGAAGAAGAUCCUGAGACACGAGGCGUACAAGACACACAUCCAGGGUCUCGCAAAGUUGAGGGGCACUUUGGUCCAGGCCCCUAGCCGUGCGGGUGCGGCAAUUGUUGCCUCGGACACCUCGCAGCCGUGCUCGGGAAUCCUGGCCUCAAAGCAUGCACUGCACGAGAGCAUCACCCUCUUCGUCCAGCACGGCCAGCCGCGAAUGCACUAUGCCAAAGGAGAAACCGACCCCCUGGAGGCCAUCCGUUUCGAGGUCCUCAGCAGCGACAUCAGCAUCCGGCAUGCCAAGUGCUUGGGGGUAGUGGGGCAGUCCAUGACGGCCUGCUCCGAGUGUGUGCAGGCCUCCAAGGCCAAGAGUUUCAAGCUGGCAGUGGCAAAGCAGGCCUACGUGAUCGACCUUUGCAUGCUGACUCACCACUGCUACCACAGCACGGCCCAGGAGCUGGAAGAGUUCAGAGCAGCCUUACCCGGUCGGGACUAUCAGCUGGCGGGCCUGGCCGGUCAAGACCUCGAUCGGUACCUGCGGAUCAAGAACAACCUCGAGGUAUGCCGUGCCAUCGCAUCCAAGUUCGAGUGUACCCCUGCAUGGCGUGUCUCAGAUUCGCUGCGUAGGCUCUUCGAGCUAUGGUUGCACAGGCCACAUCGGUCGCAUAGCACGGACACGGAGGCCGAAGCACACAGCUCCCUCGUACGGGGCAUGGCUGCUUCGCUGGUUGCUGGCCGCUGCAGAGAGAAAGACCUGGUCCUAGCAGCCCGUGUAGCGGCUGGGGCGCUCAGGGCAGACGUGAUCGUGCAGAGUCUCUGCACAAGCUUCCUGUCCAAAAUGGUGAAAGGACUCCGGGACGUGAGGCAAAAAACUACAGGGGAGUUUACUGACUACGAGGUGUUGUCGGAGUCUUUGACCACACUUGGACGGCAUGAGGAGGUAGUCAACUUGUUGAAGACCUUCAAGGUGAAUCCCAAAAAGCUGAAGGUUCUCUCCCUGCACAACGACCGCUAUCCUCUGCCUUACGCCUGCUUGUCCAACAAGGCCCAGAUCCGUGAGAACUGCCUCCGUGCUGCCAGCCACCUCCGCAAUGUCCGUGGCUUGACAAUGAACGGCGAUGGCACCCUGCAGGAUGCCUGGGAUCCGGACCAGGACUACAGCAUCUUGGACCCUGCAUCCCACGACAAGCACUCCUUGCCUGCUGAUCGGCUCGCCAAGCUGGCGAUGCACGUGUGUAUGCAGAGAUGCGACAAUCGCAGUUGGGUGUUCGACAUCCUCGUGGUGCCGCGAGCACCAGCAGCUGGCAAAGCAUGCACUGCGAGUGAGACCUUGGAGAUGGUUGCAGAUGUCUUCCAGGAGGCCACGACCGCUGCCGGCGGUGUUGCACCACAUGGCCUGGCCUUUGAUGGGGGCUCCAACAACCAGCGACUGCUGCAGAUUUUCCUUGGCCACUCCGACUUGCGUCUGCAGGAAUCUCUACCCUUCUUCAAGGACUGUGUGAUCGAUGACAUGCUGCAGCAGCUGCCCUUUUGGCCGCACCGCUUCCUCCGGCACGACCAUCGCAUUCUGGUAGCCUUCAACGGUGCAUACCACUAUCAGAAGCGGUACAGCCUGGCCCACUUAGCUGGAUGUAGGAAGAUCCGACAUGGAGCCCUAUUCGCAGACCUGAGCAUCGAACUCUGCAGUGGGCUACCUCACUCGGCGUAUCUGGUCAGCGAUGCGCAGAGUGAUCUUGCUGCAGCACAGAGGAUGUCCACACCAUUCGUGGGCCGGCAGUGGCAAAGCCCCGGCGUGUUGCUCCACGCAUUCGUCGGAGCUCUGAUCUGCUCGUGCACUACCGCCAGCCCAGGCUUCAGUCGAGAAGACCUCUGUCUGAACGCAAUGUCCGCGAUGUACCUGCUCCUGUUGCACCGUGCCGAAGCCGCCAGGCAGUGGCCUGAAUGGGCAGAGCGGAAUCGCAAGAGUCUCAGUGACAUCACCGUCAAGAACGGAGUAGCCCUCAUGCACUUCGUCGUCGUCGCUUGCUUGUGCGACGAUACGGAGCCGCGCAGCCUUCAAGAACUUGCCAUUGAACAUCAUUUCGGACGACUGAAGGUGCUUCAGCUCAGCCGGAUGCCAGAAGCUGCCCUGCAAGAACGCUGCUCAUCCUUUGCCCGGCCGGCCUUGGAUAUGGACACCUUGAAGAACAUUGCCAAAAAGGCACUCCGUACGGCUCUUGAGUUCCAAUGCUUCAUCUCUGUGGACACUGCCCCAAGCGAGCUGUAUGGCGACUUCCAGAAGUGGUGGAGAAAGCAGGGCAUGGAUCUGUUUCGGAGUCCCGAUGCGGCGGCCAAUGCUUUCGAUCUCUUUGACAUCACGCCCGAACUCGAAGAGGACCUCGAGCCCCCGGCAGUGGGUGACACCAAGGAGCAGCGAGCGGCGACAGAGGUCUUGCAUCAAGUACAAGACCGAGCUCAGCUCAUCGCGGACAUCAAGGCCAUGGAGAACCCAGAUGCCCAGGAUAUCCAGGAUGAGGCGGGCAAGGAGGAUGAGGAGAAGCAGGUGGUGCCCCAGCAGGCUGACAAGGAGCCACAUGAGUCACCUCCUGAGGCGGUUGCCGCGGUGCCCACCAGCCUCAGCAACGUGCUGCAGGCAGCAAAAGUGAACGGCGGGGAUAUCUUCGACCUGGAUUCCGCCAGUGCUGCGGGACAGACGGCCAUGCUCCAGCGGGUUCUCCACAUGUCGGGCUUCCUGCGAUCUUUCAUUCGGCAUGCCAGAGCCCAGGAAGGACUCCUGUCCUUGAGCACUUUGAACUCCCAGCCUGCACCUCUCAACAGCUGGAACGAGCGGGAGCACCAGCUGGCAAUUGCCAGGCGAGCAGCCAAUGUUAGCCAGGUGCGACUCUCACGUGCACAGGCCUGGCAGAGCAGCCAACAGAGACUCGCUGUCGAUGUCCGUCCUCGCAACAGUCUCGCAACAGAGGCCGAUCCGGGCCUCUCGCCGCCCACCACGUAUUUUCCUUGUGGCAAAGAUCGCUUCCAGAUCGUGGCACACCUCUGGGGAGGCCAAGUGGGCAUCGGCCUGAUCCUGACCGUGUUUCGUGGAGCCUUGGUCAAAAAGCCUAACUCGUCGGAGUUGACAGUUCGCACUGCUCGCCCGUUCCCAGAUGAUCUCCCAUGCGCAUCUACACGAAUGGUCCACAUUGCGGGUUGCAUCUUCAAUCCGACGACGGCCGAGUAUGCUACCUCCUGUGCGGAGUUGUGUAUGCUCUGUGAACCAGUGAACUGCAUCUACGGUGAACUGUCUCUGGCAGCAUGGAGAUCUACGAAGACACAGCUGCUGUUCCGGCUCACCCCUGCCGCAGCUGCCGCACUGAAGAUCCUGCAGGCAGAGAAAAAGCUUCCCAUCCAACCGAUCCCGGAAACUACCGAGCAAACCGAGGAGGACACUGCUGCACCGGCUCCUGCUAUGUCCGAGCCCUCCGAUCUGCAGUUCAAUGAUCGAAGCUUCAUGUGCCAGGGACUCGCACAGGCCACUUCCAAGUUUCUGCUGGCCCUGGAGGAGUGUUACCGGAAGAAGGGUUUCGCAUUUGUGGAUGCCUCUACCGGACUGGUGCAUUUCGAGAAGGUGAAGAGCACUCCGUGGAAGGACCUCGUCCAGCGUGUGCCUGGCUUCCUGCAGGUGGAGUUCGCCGGCCUGCAAGGGCAUCGCUUCAGCCGAGCCGUGCACUCCAAGUUCAGCCAGCUGCUCCCGACCAACGGCCCCGAGAGCGUGAAAGCCCUCAAGGUUUUCCUGGGACUCGUGGCGUCAAAGGCCGAGGAAUUUGGGGAGGAAUACAUCAAAGAGCAGCAGGUGGAGGCGAGAACCUUUCUCGGCAACCUUUCACCUUGGCCUCAGAUGUUCAAGGGCUUGGGAGUCGGGUUUCAACUCGCCACAUGGGUGAGGCAAGACGGCCUCAUGCCGGCCGCAUUCGGACCUCUGAACACGUUCCACAAGACUGUCGUUUCCGGAGGCAUAAGGCACACUUCCUUCCAUUCUCAACGGACCAUCUUCGACGCUCACUCGGCCUACGGAGGACACGAGGACUCCACGGCCAACGCAGCCUGUCAAGCCAAGACCUUCCCUCUCGUAUCCCCAUCGCAUCGAGAUCCGAUCCUACGGGUGCCGGACAAAAUGGGCAACACGCCUCUCCACUACGCUGCCAAGAGCGGUUUCAAUGAGAUGGUAAAGAUGCUACUUCCCAGAAGAGCGGCCAUCGACGGGAAGAACAGAAACGGCUGGACGCCCCUGCACUGGGCCUGCGCCACCGGCCACUCUGAUGUUGCGACGACUCUCAUCGCUGCCAAGGCAGCUGUGGCCAUACAGGACCUGGAUGGCCGCACAGAGGCCAUGUGGGCGGCGAAGCAUGGCCAUUCUGAAGCGCUGGCCGUCCUUCUGGAUCGAGGUUUCGACCUGAACAUCUGCGAUAAGUUCGGCAUGGCGGUGGCCGAUCAUGCGCAAGACCACCUGGAGUUGCGCAUGUCCCUGCUUGAGGCAGAACAGAGGAACCAGCAGCUUCUACAGGCAGCACAGCGUGGCAGCAAAGACUCCGCGGUCGAGGCUUUGGAAGAAGGCGCCUACGUCGAUGCCCGGGACGAGCAGGGGUGGACUGCUUUGGUUUGGUCGAUGAUGGGUUGUUGUGUUGACCUGGUCAUCGUGCUUGCCCAGCACAGCGCCGACCCGAACGUGCUGAACGAGUGCUCCGAGGUGCUCGAUCAUCUUCAGCUCCAGGGAGAUCAGGUGCGUCAUGCCCUGGAAGCGGCUCUGGCGGGUGGCCUCGGGGCCGGGGAGCGACUCUUGGCCGCGGCGCGGAACAACAACUUCCAGGUUGUGAAGGUCGAGCUCGAAGUUGGCGCUCAGGUGAACAGUCAGACAAGGGAGCAGCUCUUCACCAGCCUCAUCUUCGCUGCAGCGCAUUGCAACUACCAGGUGCAGCGGCGGUUGCUUUUUUGA